GAAGGAUAGAUUAUUAGGUCAUGUGUGUGCUUCUUCUUAUUUAACCCUAUCUCCUCCCUCUUUUCCUAUUCUCUUCAUUGUCCUUUUAUUGUUUUUUUUUUUCUCUCUUUUCCUUCUGGUCUCCCUCUUCCCCUUUCCGACAACUAGUGGACAAAGUUCUUGACUCUACAAAAAAGAGUUGGGGAGGGGGGGUCGAGGGGUUUCACUUCAAUUCCCGAGGUUUACAACUUUUUCAUUACAUACCCACAUUAAUUUUAGUUCUCUUUGCUUUUCUUUCUGUGUUCUUUGUCUGGUUCAAUAAAAAGUUUAAAGAAAACGAGAGAGUGAACAAAAAGUUAUAGCUUUUUUAAGUUGAUUUGGUGCAACAGAUAUAUAUGUGUCUGGUUUUGACUCAGAUAUCUGAGGUUUAACCAGUUUUGAGUUGGACACAGUGUUGGGUCUCUACACAUCAUUUUCAAGCCUGGUGUUAUCGUUUUGAUUGGCGAAGAAUAUGAAUAACUUUACAAACGUUCCGCCAGGCUUUAGGUUCCAUCCCACAGAUGAAGAGCUCGUUGAUUACUACCUAAGAAAAAAAGUUGCUUCAAAAAGGAUAGAUCUGGAUGUAAUCAAAGAUGUUGAUCUUUAUAGAAUUGAACCAUGGGAUCUGCAAGAAUUGUGCAGAAUAGGAGCUGAGGAACAAAAUGAAUGGUACUUCUUUAGCCACAAAGAUAAGAAGUAUCCAACAGGUACUCGUACUAAUAGAGCAACAAAAGCAGGGUUUUGGAAAGCUACGGGGAGAGACAAGGCUAUUUACUGCAGGCAUUGCCUUAUUGGCAUGAGAAAAACCCUAGUCUUUUACAAAGGACGAGCACCCAAUGGACAAAAAUCUGAUUGGAUCAUGCAUGAAUAUCGACUAGAAACUAAUGAAAAUGGAACCCCUCAAGAAGAAGGAUGGGUGGUAUGUAGGGUAUUCAAGAAGCGAAUGACAACAGUGCAGAAAGUGGGUGAAUAUGACUCUUCAUGUUGGUACGACGAGCAGAUCUCAUUCAUGCAGGACUUUGAAUCCCCAAGGCGAAUUCCUCAGCCAUAUGCAUCAUACCCUCACCAGUAUCCCUGCAAGCAAGAGCUUCAAUUGCAACACAGUUUCCCCCAUGACCCUUUCCUUCAGCUCCCUCAGUUGGAAAGUCCCAGACUUCCACAAUCAGUCGCAAGUGUAAGCUGCAACUCGGUUGUUCCUUACGGAAGCAAUUUGCAGUCUUCGAGCCUCUCGCAGGAAGAACACAUGCAGCAAGGGCAUCAUCAGCAAAAUCUGAAUUCGCUUUACAACAACGGUGAGCAAGCAGUGGACCAAGUGACUGAUUGGCGAGUUCUUGACAAAUUUGUUGCCUCUCAGCUCAGCCAUGAGGAAGCUUCCAAGGAAAACAACUAUUCCAAUGCAGCUGCUAGCUUUCAUGUGGGUGAACAAAUGGAUUUACUAGGCGAUGAAUCCAAAAGGCCAGGAAUUGCUCAUCAAGAAUAUACCUCUACGUCCAAUUCGAGCUGUCAAAUUGACCUGUGGAAGUGAAAUAUAUUCAAGCAAUUAGAGCAUAUAUAUACUAAUUAUAGGAAGCAAAAUUUAUAAGAAAAAGAUGUUUUUAAUCCAGGUUUUCUGUACAUAAUAAAACUAUAUAUAUAUAAUAUAUGGUACUGCAUUAGCUAUGGGAGUCCUGGUGCCCUUAAUUUGUACCAGGCAUGUAGUUAUUGCUAAAUUGACAUUAUGCGAAGUACAAAUAAAUUAGUACGUACUUUUUACUGUGGCCGACAGCUCUUUGGGACUGAAUCGGCCUAAUAUUGAAUGUAUUUUCAGCUUGAAAUACAUAUGAUGGUUUCUUUA